AUGUCACCAUUUCCACCAUUUCUACUUCUCUUUAUGCUUCUUCAUCUCCAAAUUUCCAAAAUCAAAGGUUCCGAAGAGUGUCUAGAUCGUCCUUGUGUAGAAUGUCGACAUUUUUCGAAACCCGAUGAUUCUUGCCUACAUCACGGAACUCAGCCCUACUUAUUUUGUGAUCUGCAGACCAAGUGAGUUAGCCUAAAUUUUGAGCUUUUUCAAACGGAGCAUCGUUUUUGCUUUCAAAAUUUCACAAACGAUGCUCCCCGUUGACAUCUCUAUAAAAUAAAAUUUGCCAGCCUAAUCCAAAAAUCGUCCACCAACUUCCUCGAAUGUGCUCAAAAUCGCUGGAUGCUUCGCGAAUGUGUCAGCGGAACUUUGUACGAGCCCGGAAAAGGCUGUGUGGAUCCGACGAUUCAACCGUUUGCUCAGGGAUUUUCGGUUUCGGGAAGCGGCCGAGUCGGCGAUGUUUGUCAAUAUAACACUGAUUGUUUGGGAGUGAGUUUUUCAGGAUGAGCUUUGAUCUCUAUGUAACUCCAAAAAAUUUCAGGGAAUGUACUGCGCAACCGGUUUGUGCACCUGUCUCAGCACCUAUAUCCUGCGAGAAUCCUACUGCUAUGAAAGUGAGUUGUGAGAAUCCCACCCCAACCCCUUCAACCUCUCUGAUUUCCCAGAAGUCAACCCCAACCAACCCGGCUGUACCUACGACGUGCAAUGUGAAUCAGUCUGGCCCGGUUCGAAGUGUCGUAUGGAUUCCUCAAUCGGAACUUGUCGAUGUCCCGAAGAAACGCACGUGGCACGUGAAACCCGCGAUGGUUGGGUGUGCAUCUCGCUCAAGGAUCAAUCAUCCGGCGGAACAGCUCCCCUAUACUUCGUGUGUCCUCUGCCAGAAGGUGCUGGCUUCAAGAUCUCGCUGAAUGAUCCAAGUCCAGCGAUGGGUGCCUUUCCAGUCGGUUGCACAGUCGGCUCUUCGGCCACCAUCGAACCGGUUCAAGGUUUACACGGUGGCGGUGCUUGCAAUUGGCCGAGUGAUGGUGAAUACAUUGGUGAUAUUUACGAUUGUAUUCACACGUCGCCCCACAUACUUCUCGCUGAAAAAUUCCCGCAGAGUAAUUACGCGGCCACCGCAGAUGGUGUGUGUUGCCCGAGUCGAGCUCUAGCCUGCAUCCAACCGCAACUCACCGGUCCAAAUCCUUCCGAACCUAGGUGGUGGUAUAAUUCAGUUACGGGAACUUGUCAACAAUUUAUGUGGGAUGCGCAAGCUUCGGAGGCCAAGUUUCAUUCGCCGAAUAAUUUCAAGACUAUUCAGCAUUGUGAAUCGUAUUGUAGAGAUAGUGAGUUUGGGGCUGACAUGAGCAAUAUGAAAAAGAGUAAUAUGAGCAAUCCUUGACUCUAAAUGACCCGAGGAAUACCAAUACCUCUGGGGGUACUAUGAGCAAUGCCUCUGGAGCAUUGCUAAAAUGAGCAACAGCUCUUUGACACAAAAACCUUACCCACGACCAUACAAGGCGCCCGUUGAGUCAGACGCGAGACGACGAGAGUAUUUUGCAAAAAAAAAUAUACCGAAAAUGAAUUUCGCUUCGAGAUAUUUUCAAUAAAACAUGUGUUCCUUGAAACAAAAUACGGUAUUUUUUCAAAGGGACACAUAUUUUCUCAAAAAUAUCUCGAAGCGAUGUCUUUCUCUGUCCCAGAUGACGUCAUCAGACUCCCGUCGUCUCUCGUCUGACCCGAGGGGCAAUUUUCUAUUGGAGUAAAUGGUCGUGCCUAGGCAUCAUUAAUAUGAGCAAUAUCUGAAAAUUUUAAUUUCCAGCUUGUCAACGUGGAUCUCCACAAUACUCAACCGAAGCCACCGUACACUCGGAACGUCCAAUAACCUCCUGCGCCGCCUCGAUUUCCUGUGCCAACGAUUUCCAAUGCACAGCCAUCGGCAGUCAACAUCUCUGCUGUCCAACCCCGGGCUCAGUUUGUUCAGCUCGCGGUGGUCGACCGUUCGAUAUUCAACCACGCAACUCGAUCUAUCAUCAAGGAUUCCUGGUUCACACUGGCAAAGAGAGUAUUCGAUUCUAUUAUGAUCCGGGAACCGGACGAUGUCACGAUUUUGUAUACAAAGGAUCGGGUGGAAAUUUCAACAACUUUUUGUCGAAACACGAGUGUGAGAUGUAUUGCGCAAGGUUGCAGUGUGAACGCGGUUCGCCGCUGAGAAUUGGCGAGGAAUCGCAGAGGUGUCAGAAUAAUGGACAAUGCCCAUCGUCGCACGAAUGUAAAGCCGAUCAAGGAGUUUGUUGUCCAAGGAAACGUGAGUUAGGGGAACUCUGGGGGAAGAAAAUAUGAAUAAGCAGAUCAAAUCCUAAUCUCGAAAUUUAUAGAAACUAUUUGCGCGCAACCACUUCGAAUUGGAGACUGCACGGAAAACGUGAAACGCUACUAUUACAAUGCAAAAACCCGGCAAUGUCAAAUGUUUGAAUACACGGGAUGUCAGGGAAAUGACAAUAAUUUCGAAUCGAUUAUGGAUUGUCAGAAUUUUUGCAAAAACGCGAUACGUGAGUCCUAAAUACUAAUAAAGCCUGAUUUUUGAAAAAGUUCGAAGAGAGGUCAGAAAUUAAAAUCCCAAUUUCUCCAAGUACGGUAUUCCUCUGCGUCACUAACACCGUUUCGAGACCACCACAUUGGGCAGAGAAACCAAGUCAAAUACGACCAUUUACUCCAAUAGAAAAUUGCCCCUCGGGUCAGACGAGAGACGACGGGAGUCUGAUGACGUCAUCUGGGACAGAGAAAGACAUCGCUUCGAGAUAUUUUUGAGAAAAUAUGUGUCCCUUUGAAAAAAUACCGUACUUUGUUUCAAGGAACAUGUGUUUUAUUGAAAAUAUCUCGAAGCGAAAUUCAUUUUCGGGAUAUUUUUGCAAAAUACUCUCGCGUCUGACUCAACGGGCGCGCCUUGUAUGGUCGUGCAAAGACGAACAUAUGGGUCUCGAAGCGACUGGCAGAAACACCGUACUUGGGAGGAAUGACAUUUGAAUUUUCAGGCUCCGUUUUAUGCCAAAUUUUUUUACUAGGAAAAAAUCUCAACCCUACAAAAUUUUCAGCCGAGCCAAAAUGCAUCCAAGGUCAAGCCUACAAAGACAUGUUCGGUAACUUUGUGACCUGUUCAAAUGGUAUGGGAUGCCCGGCAAAUUACGAAUGCUAUUUCGACGGUUCACAAUGGGGAUGUUGUCCGACCAAAUCAUUCACCUGUUCUCUCAAUCCUGAUGCCGGUAUUCAAUGUGGCGCGGGUAGCACUUUCAAAUAUUACUAUAAUGCUCAAACCCAAAAUUGCGAAUCAUUCCAAUACAACGGCUGCGACGGGAAUUCCAACAAUUUUGCGAAUCGCGAUGCCUGCGAGUCAUAUUGUAGUGUGGGAGGAUGUCCGAAUGGUGGGACACCUCUUCGAGAUCACUCUGGUAUGGUUAUGGUAUGCGCGUCUACUAGUAAUUCGAUGAGUGGAAGUGGGACUGGACAAUGUCCAGAGUCUCACGAAUGCAUUCCAGUUCUUGUCGGUAACUCGAUGAUCAAUCGAUGUUGUCCGACUCGCGCUUAUAUGUGCGGACUUCCACCUCAACAAGGUACACAAUGCGGUGCAAAUUAUGUGCAAAGAUUCUAUUUCAAUAUUGUUACCGGCGCGUGCACCUCCUUCCAAUUCGGAGGAUGUGACGGGAAUGCCAACAACUUCCUAAACAUCCAACAAUGUCGAAAUUUCUGUAUGAGUAAUUCAUGUCCCGCUGGCAAUGUGGCAUACGUGGAUCCCAACUCACAAAUGCCGAUUAAUUGCAACGAGGCGUUGAACAACAGUUGUCCGCCAGGAUACACAUGCACAUUCAAUCCACUGAUAAAUAACCAUGUUUGUUGUGGAGCCACCGAUUCGGGAGUUUGUCCGGAUGCCGAAAAGGCGUUUAUUGAUACGAUUGAUAUGUCGGCGCGGGAAUGUUUGAUCAAUAUUGAGCAAUCGUGUCCAGCCAAUUAUUUGUGUCGAUUUAAUAUGCAGAAGAAUAAGUAUUAUUGUUGUUCGAGUAUUUCGGGAAGUGAGUUUGGGAAAAGGGGGGCUAGAAAAUCAAUAUUGACACUGAUAACAUCAGAGCUGUGGACUUCAAACCAAGAGUAUAACUCUCAUAUUCGAAGCCUAGGCUGGCCUAGAAAACCAAACUCGAGAGUAGUGGAUUUCGUUAAAGAACCUUAACAUAGAGCCUACAUCAUUAUGGCCUAGAAAUUAGAUGUCUAAUAAAAUCCUAGGCCAACUUAGGAUACAGUCGAGUCAUAGAUCUAGAUUCGGUUUCACCUUCAUCUAAUGCCCAUUUCCCACUAAUAUUUAUGUCUUCCAGAAACCUGUCCCACCGGCAAAUUCCUCCACAAAGACAUCCGCACCCAACAAGCAAUCCGCUGCACAAUCGGUCGAAAUGAUCAAUGUCCCGAAGGCUUCACCUGCCAAUCCUAUCUCGCCGAAGCUUUCCAAGGCUUCUGCUGCACCGCGCAAGCAGUCUGUCCAGACAACGCCGAUUAUCUCAUCGAUGAUCAAUCCCAGCAACCAAGAGCAUGUACAAUGGGAACAUUUGUAGCGUGUCCGAAUGGCUAUGCUUGCAAAUCGCAAACUGGAUCAUCCGAUGGUUUUUGUUGUAAAUCUUCUGGCUUAGCUGGAUCGUCUACUGGUUUACCUCCUUCGAUCACAGAUGGUUGUCCUCCAGGCAAUUUUGUGUAUCUAGUAGCUGGUGAGAUCGCCCAAUGUGACCCGUUCAACCCACCAAAUGCACCGUGUCCAAAUGGAUUUACCUGCCAAUGGUCAUUGUCUAAUCAACGAUAUCAAUGUUGCGGAAGUAACCCUGCUCCAAUCCCAACUCGUCCUUCCGACGGUUGUCCGAAUGCGCAAGUCGCAUAUCGAGGCGACGCGGAAAGUGUGCGAGUCUGCAGUGCAGGCGCAGCAAACUGCCCCGUCGGCUACUUCUGUCAAUUCUCCAGCGCCAACAAUCAAUUCCAAUGUUGUGGUGUUGGCGGCGGUUGUCCGGCAGACAGUGUAGCGUUCGUCGGAAUGUCGGGAGAGCCCGAGAAAUGCGUGGUAGGCCAAUCGAACUGUCCAAAAGGUUUCGGAUGUCAAAAAUCGGCCGACGGUGUGAGCCAUGUUUGCUGCACAGUGAAAAAAGUGGCCUGCGAGCCGGAAGAGAUUGUGAUCGAUGGAACUUGUUAUCCACAAGUCGGGCCUGGUGCAGCCUGUCUAGCCAAUGAGCAAUGCACAAACGGAGCGACUUGCAACAAAGAGGAGGGGAAAUGUGAUUGUCGCGCGCCUCUGAAACUUGUCGGCGGUUUUUGUCGCGAGGAAAUCGAGUGCUCAGAUCGACAAGUUCUCCACAAUGGGUUGUGCCAUAAUCGCGCGGAACUCGGUGAAUCUUGUCUAACUGUCAAGCAAUGCCCAGAAGAUAGUGGAUGUGGCGAAGGAAUUUGUGAGUGUAGAAAAGGAUUUGUUGAGAAAGGUGGAAGAUGUGUAACGAGGAAGGAAGAGAAGGAGAGGAAAUCGACAACACAUUCGAGUUCGACAUCUAAAGCAACUUCGAAGAGUGGAUUUACGAAAAGUGCAUCGACUAAAGGCAGUAGUAAAGGUUAGUAGAUUAGGGUUAGAGAAAUGGGAAGGAAAAAUAUCGACUUCCAGAAUAAGGUCAGAAAAUUAAUAUCGGUUUUCAAGCCCGAUUUUCAGCCAAUUUUGAAUCUAGAAAUUAGUUAAGCUUAGGCUCAUUUUGUAGAGAAUUUCAGAUUUUGUCUGGAAAUCGCGUUUAAAAAAAUAAAAAUUGUCUGACAAAACCAGAUUUCCAGAAAAGGUAAGUCCCACCCACAAAAACCUUCUUUCUUCAUCUUCUUCUUCUAAAAAUCUAGCAUGUCAAAAACAAUUUACAGCACCACCAACAGGAGGUGCAAUAACUUGCGGGAAACCCGGUUGGUUACCUCUCUAUGAUUUGGAGAAUAGCGAUCGACCAAGGCAUUGUAGUCCGAUUGGAAAGGCGUGUCCAAAGGGUUACGAAUGUCAAAUCAAUAAUCGAAGAACACAAUAUCUUUGUUGCGCUUUGGAUAAAGCAUUUUCAACAACCAAGGGAACUUCUAUGGGGUCUUCGACAAGGAAAAUGGAGGCUUCUAGUUCUACUACACAAGGUAAACGGGAUUGAUUGCUCAUGUUAUGUGCUUUUUUUCAAACUAACGUUUUCGUUGCAGAAAUUCAGUCAUUGUUAGAAAUGACGAAUAUGAUUUUUUUUUUGAAGAAAUUUUUUUUAAAUAUCACGUGAAAAUUAAUAAUUUUUAGAUGAACCUUUAACUAAAGUUUCCGAGCUAUGACGUGGCAAAUAACCGUUUCCAACUAACCAAUCAAAAAGUAAACGCCCUUCCAAGUAAAAUCCUGAACUACACAGCUCUUCAGAAAUGUUCUGUCCCUACAAAAAACCCCCUUCUUUUUUGCAGUUUGCCCAUCUAACCGUACUCCAUAUCUUCUGAAUGGUGUUCCGCAAAAAUGUACGGCUUCACGUUGUCCGACGGGAUACGAAUGCACCUACGCCGGCUCCGGCUCCUAUCAUUGUUGUUCGCACGUGCCAGCUAGACGUUAGUGCUUUACUUCUUUCAAAAAAAGAAUUUUUUUCGCUCCCAAAACUUAUUCUCUUAGUUUCAGCUCCCAUCACUUCCACUUCCCAACUCGAAGAAAAAUGUCCACGUGGCAAUCCGUUGAUCUAUCCGUCAACAAGCUCGCCGGUCCUCUGCCAACCGGGCAAACGUGGUUGUCCGGUGGGUUUUGGAUGUGUGCCGAGUCAAGUGUCAUCGAAUCAUAUUUGUUGUCCGUCACGGCAUUCUGAUCGGCCGGCCGAGAAGUUCGGAUUGGGUUCGUAUAGUUAUAAUCAUCGCGGUGGACCGCCGGCUGCUGUGAAUCCGUGCGAAGGUUAUAUGGUGUUGGUGACGAGAUUGGUGAAUGGGAGAAUUGAGAAGAGAUGUGGUGAGUUGGAUAGGGACGGGUUAUCAUUAGAGCGCAUCUGAAAAUUAAAAAAAUGUUUUUCAAAAAUAGCAAAUGCGCUCUAAUCGAGAUGAGCCAGGAAUUUUAAAUUUGAAGAAAAACAACUCAAAAUCCCAUUCGAGCACAUUAGCCUUCUCACAUUUGAAAAAAAAAUUGAAAAUUGUCAGUUACCGUACUACAUUCUCAAUAGAGCGCGCUUGAUGAUUGUUCUUCAAAAAUGUUGUUUUCUCUCAAAACAGCAAAUGCGCUCUAAUUGAAAUAAGCGCAUUUCACCAGGAAUUUUGAAUUUCAAGAAAAAAAACUCAAAAUCUCAUUCGAGCACAUUAGCCUUCUCACAUUUGAAAAAAAAUAUUUUAAAAAUUGUCAGUUACCAUACUACCUACAUUCUCAAUAGAGCGCACUUGAAUAUUAUUCUUUAAAAAUGUGUGUUUUUCUCUCAAAGUAGCAAAUGCGCUCCAAUCAAAAAACGUGUUUUCUUCUCAGAUUCAAAAAGUUUGAAACACUCGAGAAGAAAUUAUUUUGAAAAUUUUCGGUUAACCAUAUUUUUAUCAGUAGAGCGCGUUUCCAUCCCACGUUGUUUUUUUUUUCAAAACCCAAUUUUUGCAGAGCGAAGUUGUCCUUUCCCACAAAUCCCAAUCGGUGGUGUGUGUUACGAAAUGAAGAAGAAGCCCUGAAUUUGAUCUACCCAAAUAUAUUCUAUACAUUAUCCCCGUCGUGACCAGUGUCCACACAAAAAUACACACGAUGUGUCAAAAGUCACAGUAGUCUCCAUAUAAUAUUUGCACUACUACACAGAUAUAUUUUGACAUGUUUUUGACAUAUCUCAACUCCCGCCUUUUAUUUUUAUCUUCUUCCCCAUAUUAGUAGUGUUUAUCUCCUUGAUUUCGAUGAUUUUGUGCUACUAUAAUUUAUUUUUGUUGAUAUUUUUGAGUUAUUAUGUUUCAUGUGCAGGUUCGUUUUUAUUUUUUGUGAUCAUGAUUAUUUUUUUUAUUAUCAAUAUGCUUGACAGUUAGUUGAGUUUAGUAGGUACUGUGUGACCAAUGAAUUUAUUUUAUGUUAUUUUUGAAACGUUUCUAGGGUUCAAGUUACUAGAACUCCAAAAAAUAAUUUUUUUUUUCCUAUAAUUUUUAAAUUUGAAUUCAGUUCCAGAAGAACCAAUCCGUCUGAAACGUCAGACUGGAAGUGGUCGAGUUGGCGAUGCGUGCGCCUUUAACACAGAUUGUCUAGCCGGAAUGUUUUGUAAUGGUGGACUGUGCUCCUGUCUAACCACUUAUAUUGCCGCAGAAGGAUAUUGUUAUCAGAGUGGGUUUUGACUCUAAUAUGAGCAAUGCCUCAUUUCUCCCAUUUCAGAGAUUGAUCCCGGUCAACCGGGAUGUGUUUACAAUGAGCAAUGUGCUUCUGUCUGGCCUGACGCGUUUUGUGAUACUUCUGCAGGUGUUGGAACUUGUAGAUGUGGAGAGAACAAAGUUGAAAGAGCUACCAGAGAUGGACAUGUUUGUCUAGAUGUUCUGGACGCCAAUCAUAAUACUCUUGCUAUUACUUGCCCACUUCCUGAGGGAGCUGGAUAUACAAGUGCACUUUCCGAUCCGAAACAUCCGAGACAAAGUGAUGGACCUGGGCCAGUUCUGUGCAAUACGGAUUCGACGACAACGACACAAACAUCGGAAGAGACGAUCGGUGAUGGAAAUUCGGCAUGUCUUUUUCCAUCGAAUGGUCAAUUCAUCGCUGAUCAAUAUGAUUGUGUUGAAUUCGUCUCGAUGUUAGACUUGACAUCUAGUGGAUACAGUGAAAAAGCAAAUGGUAUCUGCUGCCCGAAUCGUGCAUUCACCUGUGUUCAACCAACUGCAACUGGUCCGAAUCCAACAGAACCGAGAUGGUGGUAUAAUUCGAUUACUGGAAUGUGCCAGCAAUUUUUGUGGGAUCCAACGGCGGCGGGACCCGGAGAACAUUCUCCAAAUAAUUUUAGAACUGUUGAGCAUUGUGAAAGCUUCUGUAGAGAUAGUAGGUUAUACCAAAAAUUUAUUCAAAACAAUUUAAAAAAAAAAAAAAUUUUCAGCUUGCUCUCGAGGAGCUCCCGAAUAUGUGCAACGCUCCUCCUUUCUCGAGCAAACCCCAAUCACCGGAUGUUCCCAAACUUCUGCCUGCUCCUUCAACUUCGAGUGCAAAUCCGCCGGCUCCACUCAAUGGUGUUGUCCAUCAGUCGCCGCAGUCUGCGGACCAAUCGGUGGUCGCCCAUUGGAUCCAUCGGUUUCAUCAAGAGGCACAGUUUAUCACGCCGGAGUGGAGAAGCAAGGCACUUCCACUUCUACCCGCUUCUUCUAUGAUCCAAGUUCAGGAAAAUGCAGUCCGUUCACUUAUUUGGGUGCUGGUGGGAAUUACAACAAUUUCCUGUCGCGUAUUGAUUGUGAAUUGUAUUGUGCGCGACUUCAGUGUGAUCGAGGAAAUCCACUGAGAAUUGGAGAUGUUACACAGUCGUGUACAUCGAAUAAUGAUUGUCCAUCUUCUCACGAAUGUAAAAUGGAUCAAGCGGUGUGUUGUCCAAGAAUGCGUGAGUUUUUCGGGUGAAUCGCAGAAUAGGCCCCCACCUCAAAGUAAGCCCCCACCAACAAGUAAAAGUCCCCAUCGAUUCCCCACUCAAUGGAAAUGGGGACCUAAAAUGAUUAUGUGGGGACUUAUUUUUGGAUGGGGACCUAUCAGGCCUGUGCCGGAAAAUCAAAACCCGGAAAACGGAAAGUCGGAAAAUUUCCGGAUUUUUUGAACCGGAAAUCCGGAAAAUUCGGAAAAUUUUUCAAAGUCUGAAAUAUCGAUUUCCAGCCUUAAGUUGGCACUAAAACUUAUUUUUAUCUACAAUUCUUCUAUUCACAGGUAAUUUAGUAACUAUUUGAGACGUCUUACGUUCAAAAAAUAGUAAAAUUUGAAAAAUUGAAAAAAAAAUUUCCGCAAAUUUCAUUUUUUCUAUCAUAAACUGAGAAAAUUUUCCAAAAUUUAGGCGAUUUUGAAAAUAUUACUACUAGAGAUCAUUUCCGGAUUUUCCGAGCACAUUUUCCGGAAAACCGGAAAAUUGAUUUUUCCGUGAAAAAACCGGAAAAUCCGGAAAUUCGGAAAAUUUCCGGCACAGGCCUGGGACCUAUAUUGGGAUGGGACUUAUAUUUGUAUGUGGGGGCCUAUUUUCAUAUAAUUUUAAUAGAGUUGGGGGCUUUUAUUUCGAUCAUAGGGUAUUUCGGAAAAAAAGGUCCCCACCACUAUCAUUUUGAGCCCCCACGUGUCAACUCAAUUUUAGGUCCCCACCAACAAGAUUUCUGACUAUAAAAAGGUGGGAACCUAUAAUAUGUCUGACUAGUGGGGGCUUAAAAUGACAUUGGUGGGGGCCUGUUCUACGAUUCAUCCAGUUUUUCUUAUAAGGGACCUCAUCAUACCCAAUUUUUUUUCAGAAACCAUCUGUACCCAACCUCUUCGAGUUGGAAACUGUGAUCGAUCAGUUCGCCGAUAUUGGUAUUCAGCCGCAACUCGAGAAUGUCAAUCUUUCGAAUACACUGGAUGUCAGGGGAACGACAAUAACUUCGAGACACUGGUAGAUUGUCAGACUUUUUGCAGAAAUGCAGCGCGUAAGUUAUGACGUGGCAAGGCUACUUCAAGAUCUAGAUUUCUCUAAAUCAUCUUGAAUUUUCAGCCGAGCCUCGCUGCCCUCAAGGUCAAGCCUACAAAGACAACCAAGGCAAAUUUGUACAAUGCUCCGCCAAUCGUCAAUCCUCCUCGUGUCCCGCGAACUACGAAUGCUACUUCGACGGAAACAUGCACGGAUGUUGUCCCACAAAAGCAUUUACCUGUAGCCUAGCCCCAUCUCCUGGAAAAACUUGUGGACCUGGUGUCUCCUUCAAAUACCACUACAACUCCCAAACCCAAGAAUGCGAGUCUUUCGAAUAUUUGGGAUGUGACGGAAAUUCGAAUACCUUCGCUUCCCGCGCAGAAUGUGAAAAUUACUGUGGCGUUGGUGGAUGUACGAAUGGUGGAUCUCCGUUGAGAGAUAGCAACGGUGCACUUCAAUCCUGUUCAGAGCGAGAUGGCGGAUGUCCAUCAUCUCAUGAAUGUCAAGGUGUUAGCCUAAACGCAGAUAUGGUCUCCUACAGGUGUUGUCCAACAAAAAGUGAGUUUCACUGCGAGCUAUGACGUGGAUUAUGUUUUUUUUUCCAGCCUACAUCUGUGGUCUUCCACCACAACAAGGUUCAUCUCUCUGUGCCGGUGGUCUCACAGUCGUAACUCGCUAUUAUUUCAACAUUGUAACUCGCAAAUGCUCUCCCUUCGUCUACAAUGGUUGUGAUGGAAAUCCGAACAAUUUUGCCUCACUCAAUCAAUGCAAUAAUUUCUGUAUGGCUUCGGCUUGUAAUGCGGGAGAUGUUGUGUAUUUGAAUCCGAAUACAGCUUUGCCGAUUUCGUGUAACGAUGAAUUACAGAACAAUUGUCCGAAAAACUUUCAAGUUAGCUAAGAUCUUUAACUUCAAAUUCUACUAGUGUUUUUUUUCAGUGUAUCUACGAUGGUUUGACAGAUCAAAGUGUUUGUUGUGGAGCUACAGACAUGGGAGUAUGUCCAGAAAAUGAGAAGGCUUAUCUGAACGCUAUGGAUGGAACAGUUCGAGAAUGUUUGAUAAAUGAGCAUAAUUCGUGUCCGAAGGAUUAUCUUUGUCGAUUCAACGCCAUUAAAAAUCGCUAUUUUUGCUGUGGAAGUUUGACGAAGCGAAGUAAGCUCUACCCUGAUCCCUUCAGAUUUUUAAAAAAAAAUUUUCCUCAGAUUAUUGCCCAGUCGGUCGUGCACCCUACAAAGAGCAGACGAGUCUCCAACCGAUGCGUUGCACAAUGCACGCGGCCACUUCCGCAUGUCCCGAUGGUUUUCAAUGUCUCAGCGAUUUGAAAGACGCACUUCAGGGCUAUUGCUGCUCGGUGUCAGAGAUCUGUCCACAUCGUGAGGAAUAUUAUAUUGAUGAGAAUUCGGGAAUGCCGAGAAGUUGUACGAUUGGACAUUUUGUGACGUGUCCGGCCGGAUUUCAGUGUAUGGCACCUUUCGACGGAAGCAUGGGAUAUUGUUGCAAGUAAGUCGACGGGAUUUCUUGUAGAUAGUGCUGGGUUCAAUUUUUCCAGAGGCGAACAACAAAUCACCGCUUCCGAUGGUUGUCCACCCGGCGAAAUUGUUUACAUGGAGCGCAACGAAGUCGUCGCUUGCGAUCCCUUCAACCCACAAAACCAGGGAUGUCCCACAACUUUCUCGUGUCAAUGGUCGAUUCGAACACAACGAUAUCAAUGUUGUGGAAGUGAUCCGCUACCAACUCCGAUGGAAAGUGAGUUUUCUAUUAUUAUUAUUAUAUUGCUCGGCUCUAUCACAAUAUAUGGGACCCAUGGAAAUAUAUGGGUCCGUAAAAACAUAUAAGGGUCCCUCAGAAAUAUAAGGGUACGUGAAUUUUUUUAUGGGUCCCAAAAAAAUAUAAGGGUCCGUUAUUUUUUUUUGAGGGUCCAUUAAAAAAAAGUAUUUUUUCUAAUUUCAAUUAUUUAUUUUUGGUGAUUUUUUGUAAUUUUUUCACAUUUUUUUAGCCAGUCAAUAUUUUUCUAGGGGGUUUACUAAGCCUAAGCCUAAAAUAAUAGAGAAAUUUUGAAUCCUCUGGUAACUCUAUUUUCGGCUUUUCAGCUUCAUAAUUAGGCUUAGGCUUAGUAAACCCCCGAAAAUACAAAGAAUCGUCAAAAAAUCAAGAAAAAUACAACAAAACAGUUGAAAAUUUAAAAAACCACGCAUUUUUCCUCCAAAAAUCAAAAAAAUCAGACCUAUGAAAAAAAUCACGGACCUUUAAAAAAAUUUACGGACCCUUUUAUUUUUUUGCGACCCAUAAAAAAAUUCACGGACCUUUAUAUUUCUGAGGGACCCUGAUAUGUUUUUACGGACCCCUAUAUUUUUUACGGACCCAUAUAUUUCCAUGGGACCCAUAUAUUGCGAUAGAGCCUAUUGCUCAUGUUAAUUUUGAAUCUGAGGUUCAUCUUUAUAAAGAAAAAAAUUUCUAGACGAUGGCUGUCCUGCUCGUCAAAUCGCCUUCACCGAUCCGGACACCAAAAAACCAAAAGUCUGCACAUCUGCCACAAAUUCUUGCCCAUCCGGCUACUUCUGCCAAUUCUCCAAUCAAAACAAACAAUUCCAAUGUUGCGGAAUGCCUAGUGAUUGUCCAGUUUUAAUGGUCGCCUUCAUCGGAAUAUCCGGUGAAGCCCAGGCUUGUUCAAUGAACGGCGGUCAGGCGUGUCCGGAUGGUUUUUCGUGUGUUCAAGGCAAAAGUGGAUUUGAAUUGUGUUGCGCGGGUGGAGAGAGUGAGUUAAUUUUAAAUUUUUUUUUUUGAAUUUUUAAAUUUUUAAAAUGUAGCUUGUGACGCCUCUCAAAUCUCGGUAAAUGGUGUCUGCAUGUCUCGAAUUAUAAUUGGUGAGGCUUGCGAAGAUUCGCUUCAAUGUAUUGGUGGAAGUUUGUGUGCUGUUGGGAAAUGUCGAUGUCCCACGGGAACCGAUGAGCAGAAUCAACAAUGUGUUGAGGGGACACGGGCGGCGCCAAAGGAGGUUCCAGUGUUGAGUGAGUGGGUGGUCCUAUGACGUGGCAAUUAAAGGCAGUUUGACAAUUAUUCCGGUUUUCCUCAAAGCUUAGUGUCAAAAAUAGUAGUUUAUUAUGAAACGAACCAGUGAAAAAAUUCCGAAAUCAUGAAAGUUAAUACGAGCUGAGAAAAUCCUGUGUUUUCAAAAUUUCAAAUUGCCCCCACGUCCAGCGGAUUUGUGUGUGUGCAAACACCGCGACGCACUAUUGCACAGGACUUCACAAUAUUUCAUCUCUAUCUUUUGUUUGGUUCAAGUUUGGCCCGGUUAAAGUCAGAGGCUUCGUGGGUGGUCUCCGUCAACCGGAAUAGCUGUCUGACCGCCUUUAAAAAUUGAAUUUCAUUUCACAAAAAUCACAAUUUUUACUUUUCAAAAGGAUUAUCCUUUUGAGAAGCCAAAUUUCUCAAGAAGCCUUUUUUUUCAAAAUCUAAUCCUUAACAUGAGCAAUAUUUUUCUAGAAUGCUCCGAUAAACAAAUCAAAAUCAACGACGAAUGUUUACCAAUCGUAACCCUCGGUCGAUCUUGCGUUCAUACCGCGCAAUGUCAAGGACUCGGUCAAUGUAUCGAAGGUGUUUGCGAUUGCGACGAAAAUUCGACACGCCGCGCAAAUCGCUGUGAAAAGGUCAUCAAGCAAAUUCAACCACCACAAACAUCUACAGUAUCAUCGAAUAGGGUUACUGUGGCAUCAGUGCCCGCUCUUCAAAUGCCAGUGAUUAAUGAGGGAAUCUGCCCGGCUCCUCGAGUCCCAUAUUUGUCGAAUGGUAUAGCUAGAGCAUGUUUGAGUGGGCAACCGUGUCCUGUUGGAUUCACAUGUUUGUGGAGCCCACAGGCUAAGAAUUAUUUCUGUUGUGCUGCGAACAAAGUCACGAUGAAAACCAAUGGUGAGUCCUAGAGAUCUUCAAAAUCCUAAAAUUUUUAAUCUCCAGUUCUCAAAGAUGUUUGUGAUGGUGGAGAAGCGCUGAUCUUCCCGGCCACUAAAACUCCCGUAAUUUGCACAAGAUUCACCUCAUGUCCCCCUGGUUAUUUCUGCCGAAAAUCCCCGAAAACUCGACAAACCUAUUGCUGUAAAAAACGACAACCAAUGAAUAUGCAAAGUUAUAUUAUACAGGUAAAAUAUUAGCCCAACUUGAUAAGAGAAUUGAUAAGAGAAUUAGCCUAACUUGAAUAUUUGUUCCAGAUAAAGACUAUCAACACUACAAAGAAGCCACAACCUGCUCAAAGUCCUCAAAUUUUCAUGCAUCCUGGACGACGAGUCCAAGCUUCAAAAAGCUCAAACAAAAAAUCCGGCAAGAAAACCUGUGAAAAAUGUGAAGCCUAUGAAAAGCGCCGCUCAAAAGCGGGUGUGUCCCCCGAAUCAGGUGUUGCUAGAAGUUGAAGUUAAUCGUAAAAUCAUUCAAAGAUGUCGUAAGUCACUUUUUCAAGUUAAAAAUUCAAAUAAAAUCCAUAAAAAUUUCAGAGUCUUCAUGUCCUUUAUCAAUGCAAAAUGUGGAUGGAGUUUGUAGAAUAAAUCGACUCAGAAAAUCGAAUAAUUCAUAA